AUGGCAAGUCAAGAUUCAAAGUCCGCCAGCGGCAGCGGACCUACUCAGUGUGUCGGUCCGUUGUAUCGUUCAGAAAGUCAGAAGCCCACGGCCACUGUCUCGACUGAAAUCAAGUUAGACAACGUUGUUGUCUUGUCCCAAACGCCUCAACUUAUCGCCCUUCUCACCAUCAUUCGAGACAAGAACACGGAGCGCGGUGACUUCAUUUUCUACUCCAACCGCAUCAUUCGCCUGCUCGUGGAGGAAGGUCUGAACCAUUUGCCUACCGUUGAGCAUGACGUGACAACACCCAUUGGUCGGACUUACUCUGGGCUUAUGUUCCAAGGCAAGAUCUGCGGCGUAUCCAUCAUGCGUGCCGGCGAGGCCAUGGAGCAAGGUUUACGCGACUGCUGCCGCUCUGUUAGAAUCGGCAAGAUUUUGAUCCAGCGCGAUGAGGAGACUGCUCAGCCGAAGCUAUUCUACGACAAGCUGCCAGAGGAUAUCGCCCAGCGCUGGGUUCUUCUUUUGGAUCCCAUGUUUGCCACUGGUGGUUCCGCCAUCAUGGCAGUCCAGGUCCUCAAGGCUCGUGGUGUUCCCGAGGACCGCAUUCUGUUCCUGAACCUCAUUGCGAGCCCUGAGGGUAUCCAGAACUUUACCGCAAAGUUCCCCAAAUUGAGAGUUGUCACGGCAUUUGUCGACCAGGUAUCCUCUGUCAUACUAAUGGGCUGUGAUAGCUACAUCAUCCCCGGCCUCGGCGAUUUUGGGGACAGGUUCUACACUGUUUGA